AUGACAAGGAAUCUAAAUUUAAAUCAAAAAGAUAGUUCAACCGAAGAUAAUGAAACAUUUCAUGAUGUUAAAAAUGAUUUAGAUGGUGAUGAUGGUGGAUUUGAUAAUGCAGUAAAAGUUCUAAUUUCAAAGACAAAAGAAAAACAUUCAAAAGGAGCUGGUCAAAAGUUUCAUUCGGAAUUGACAGAUGGUGCAACGCAAACAUUAACAUUGAUCAAAAAUAAGAUACAUCAAAAACUUCCAACAUUAAUAUUACGGUUAAAAAAUCACAGUCAUCAUAGCGAUAAUGACGAAGAAAUGAUCGAUUUAAAAGAACAAGAAAUAAAACAAAUAUUGGACGAAAUAAAAAAAGAUUUUUCAACGUAAGUCGUUUGUUACUCGUUGAGAUAAGAUGAUAUAUGCUCUACUGUUUUCUGAUAAUUUACCUCCAUUUUUAUGGGGGGUCCGCGAGAUAGUCUGCAAAAAAAUUCAUACUUAAACUUUAAUUUCACAACUUCAGUCAAGAACACUAUGUAAAUUGAAAGAUGAAAAAAAUGAAAAUUUUCUAAAGUUGGUAUUUUUUUCGAUCUGAAUUUUUUUCUUCAAUUAUUUCUGUAAAAAGGCAUAGCAAAAGGGAGAACGCAUAAGAAAGUUAAGGACACGAACUCGUACUCAUACGAAGAUUAGAAAGUUCCGAAAACUGCUGAAAAUGUCAGAAAUAUCGGUAUUUGGAAUAGAAUCAGUAACAUUAUUACAAUUGCACCACUCAAAACAUAUA